AUGUCAAGAUCUCUAUCUAAAGGCCCAUACAUAGAAUCAAAAUUGUUAAAUAAAAUAGAAUUAUUUAAUACAAAAGGAAUAAAAAAGACUAUAAAAACAUGGUCUAGAUCAUCUACAAUUAUACCUACUAUGGUUGGACAUACAAUUGCUGUACAUAACGGUAAACAGCAUUUCCCUAUUUUUGUAUCUGACCAGAUGGUUGGACAUAAGCUAGGUGAAUUUGUUCCAACUAGAAACUUUAGAAGUCAUAUUAAAGGCGAUAGAAAAGCAAAAAGGUAA